AUGAAGGAGAUACAAGAAGAGCUAAGAGCAUUGAGGCAGAUUGUUCCAAAUACUCCUGCUGCUGCUAGAGCUGUGGCAUGUGAGAUGCCUGAAGGGGGUGCUACUAGUGGGGUAACGCUCCAUGAAUGGGUCAGUAUGAAAUUAGACUCUUUUGAUGGAUCAGGGACUCCAAUUCAGGCUGCAAAUUGGCUUGCUUAUAUAGAAAUGCAGCUGGAUGCUUUUGAUGUGUUGCCUCGAGACAAGGUUAGAUAUGUGAUACAGUUGAUAAAGGGAGAAGCCCAGAUCUGGUGGAGAGGUGUACAGUCAGCUAGGACUGUUGCCCAUGGGGAUCUUACCUGGUCUGAGUUUGUCAGGCAAUUUGAGAGGAGAUUCUAUCCAGCUACUUUUCUGGAUAAAAUACAAAUUGACUUAAACAACUAUACACAAGGUCAGAAAUCAGUGGCAGAGUAUGCAGAGAAGGACAGACGUUUCAGACAGGGUUUGAAGCCUUUUAUCCGUCAUGUCCUUGGUGCUUUUCCUGUUACAGAUUUUCGCUCUAUGGUUGAACAAGCUUCUGGGGUUGAGUUGCAGCAAUCUUACACUGAUGAUAUUCGCAAGACAUCGGGAGCAGAUCAGCAUAAAGGACCAGAAGAGAAGAGGAGUCGUUUUGGUGGUCCCAUCCAUAAGAAGUACAAGGGACAGCAACAUCACCAACCAUACCGUGGUGGAUCCUCUCAGAUGCAUCCUCCAGGCACCAGUACCCAAUUCCGUACAGUGGUUAAACCCGAUUUUGGUUUGGUGUGCUUCAAGUGUGGUGAUUCACAUAUGCAGAGUGAAUGUUCUUGGUAG